CUACCAUAGUAUUGAUGGACAAUUGAGGUUGCGGGUUACUACCAUUACUAGAAGAUGGAUAGAGACUUCCUCUGUUUCUGAGGAAUUAAUGCAAAGUUUUGAUCAAGAGACAGCUGCUGUAGUAAUGGCUAGAUUAACCUCUUAUAAAAUGGAAACGGAGGAAACAUUUGAUGCAACAAGGUGGUUAGAUAGAAAUCUCAUUCGUCUAUGUUCUAGAUUUGGUGACUACCGGAAAGAUGAUCCAUCCUCAUUUUCCUUGAACCCUAGUUUUUCACUGUUCCCUCAGUUUAUGUUCAAUCUUCGGAGAUCCUCAUUUGUGCAGGUAUUCAAUAAUAGUCCAGAUGAGACUGCAUAUUUUCGCAUGAUGCUUAAUCGUGAGAGCAUAACAAAUGCUACCGUCAUGAUUCAACCUUCGUUAGUCUCAUAUGCAUUCAAUUCACUGCCUUCACCAGCAUUGCUUGAUGUGGCAUCCAUUUCAGCUGAUCGAAUCCUUUUACUAGAUUCAUACUUUAGUGUAGUUAUUUUCCACGGAAUGACGAUAGCUCAGUGGAGAAACAUGGGUUAUCAGAAUCAUUCAGAACACCUGGCAUUUGCACAAUUAUUGCAAGCUCCACAUGAUGACGCUGAAUUGAUAAUACGUGAUCGGUUUCCUGUCCCAAGAUUGGUGGUUUGCGAUCAGCAUGGCUCUCAGGCACGAUUCUUGUUGGCCAAGUUGAACCCUUCAGCAACUUACAACAACAAAAUGGGUUCUGGAAUGGACGUUAUCUUCACUGAUGAUGUAAAUCUUCAAGUAUUCUUUGAACAUCUACAGAGGCUGGCAGUUCAAUCUUCUUAA